AUGGUCCGUUUCGUGACUCCGCUCCUGGCCCUGUCGGCCCUCUCGGCCACCGCACUUGCGGCCACCACCACUACUUGCAGCACCAGCAGCCAGUGCCCCGAGGACAAGCCUUGCUGCUCUCAGUAUGGCGAGUGUGGUACCGGCGCAUACUGUCUCGGUGGUUGCGACCCCCAAUCCUCCUUCUCCAUCGGCUCUUGCGCCCCUAUGCCCAUCUGUGAGAACAAGAGCUACACUUGGGAUAACCUCGACAACACCGCCCUGAACACCAAGUACCUGGGCAAUGCCAGCGCCGCCGACUGGACCUACAGCGGUUACCCCAAGACCGAGGAUGGCAACCUGCUCAUGACCAUGCCCAAGAACUCCGUCGGUACUCUUUUCGCCAACAACCACUACAUCUGGUACGGCAAGAUCAGCGGCAAGAUCAAGUCUUCCCGCGGCAAGGGUGUCGUCACUGCUUUCAUCCUGCUCUCCGACGUCAAGGAUGAGAUCGAUUACGAGUGGGUCGGUGCCGACUUGACUGCGGUUCAGACCAACUACUACUGGCAGGGUGUUCUCGACUGGCACAACAGCGCCAACGCCUCGGUCAGCGACCAGGAUACCUUUGACAACUGGCACACCUACGAGAUUGACUGGCAGCCCGACCAAACCCAGUGGAUCAUCGACGGCACCGUCAUGCGCACCCUGAAGAAGUCCGACACCUGGAACUCCACUGCCAACCGCUACCAGUACCCGCAGACCCCCUCUCGCCUGCAGAUGUCGCUGUGGCCCGCCGGCCAGGCCAGCAACGCCCAGGGUACCAUCGACUGGGCCGGUGGUGAGAUUGACUGGGACAGCACGGACAUCAAGGAGAAGGGUUACUACUACGCUACCAUUGGUCAGGUCGAUGUCACUUGCUACAGUCCCCCCUCUGGCACUGAGCAGACCGGCAACAACUCUUACAUCUACACCUCCGAGGCUGCCAUGGAGGCCAACGUCGCCAUCACUAAUAACUCUACCGUUCUCGGCUCCCUCGGUGCUACCGGUCUGGACAUGACCCUCGGCGCCAACAGCAGCAGUGCCACCUCCACCGGCAGCGACAGCGUUCCCACCAGCCACGGUGGUUCCGGUGGUAUGGCCAGCAACAGCACUACCAGCUCUGGCUCUGACUCUAGCAGCGGCAGCGGCAGCACCAGCUCCUCUUCUGCUUCCAGCACUGGCUUCAGCCAGGGCACUGAGACCACUACCAAGGGCAACGGCGCCCCUGCUCAGGGUGAGCGUGUCCUCCGUGGCUCGCUCUUCGCAGUCCUUGUGGCUGUGGUUGUUCUGGUGACGCUGUAA